CCUCCUUCCCCUUAUCCACUCUCCUCCUCCCAACGAAAAUGGCGUCCUCCCUGCUGCCUUACGCUCCCUUCUCCCUCUCCUUAACCUCCACCUCCACUCCUCGCAACGCCGUCGCUUUAGCAGCUGCACCGUUCGCUUCAAUGUCUACUACUCAAAGAAAAUCGCGGCGGAAAAAGCAACCGAACCAGCAGAACGACUUGAAAUCUUCGGACGAUAAUGGAUAUACCGGCACCGCCGAAGGGAAUUUUACGCCGUCGAGCGCUGAGAAGCUGCUGAGGCUUGUGUUCAUGGAGGAGUUGAUGGAGCGCGCCCGGAGUGGCAGCAUUUCGGGAGUUUCUGAUGUCAUUUACGAUAUGAUUGCCGCGGGGCUGACGCCUGGACCCAGGUCGUUUCACGGUCUCGUUGUUUCGCACGUGCUCAAUCGCGAUGAAGAAGGCGCUAUGCACGCUCUUAGAAGGGAAUUGAGUGAGGGUCUUCGGCCUCUUCAUGAAACAUUUAUAGCAUUGAUUCGUUUAUUUGGGUCAAAAGGCCAUGCUACCAGAGGAUUAGAAAUUCUGGCAGCAAUGGAAAAACUCAACUAUGACAUUCGGCAAGCUUGGCUUCUUCUUGUUGAGGAGCUCGUCAGAGGUGGUCAUUUGGAAGCUGCCAACAGAGUGUUCUUGAAGGGUGCCGAGGGUGGCCUGAGAGCUACAGAUGAGCUUUAUGAUCUUCUUAUUGAGGAGGACUGUAAAGUGGGAGAUCACUCAAAUGCACUGACCAUAGCCUAUGAAAUGGAGGGAGCUGGUAGAAUGGCUACUACAUUUCAUUUCAAUUGCCUCUUGAGUGUGCAGGCUACUUGCGGAAUUCCUGAAAUUGCUUUUUCCACCUUUGAAAACAUGGAAUAUGGAGAAGCUUAUAUGAAACCUGAUACGGAGACAUAUAAUUGGGUAAUCCAAGCAUAUACAAGAGCUGAGUCAUAUGACAGGGUUCAAGAUGUUGCUGAAUUACUUGGGAUGAUGGUUGAAGACUACAAGCGCUUGCAACCAAAUGUGAGAACCUAUGCGUUGUUGGUGGAGUGCUUUACAAAGUAUUGUGUAACAAAGGAAGCCAUUCGGCAUUUUCGUGCACUCAAAUAUUUUGAAGGUGGGACCAAAAUUUUACAUAAUGAGGGACAAUAUGGAGAUCCGCUUUCUUUAUAUCUUCGUGCAUUAUGUAGAGAAGGAAGAAUUGUUGAGUUACUAGAAGCUCUUGAAACCUUGUCAAAAGAUAACCAACAAAUCCCACCUAGAGCCAUGAUUUUGAGCAGGAAGUAUCGCACACUAGUCAGCUCAUGGAUUGAACCUUUGCAAGAAGAAGCUGAACUUGGGCAUGAAGUUGAUUACAUUGCCAGGUACAUUGCAGAAGGUGGUCUUACAGGUGAACGCAAGCGAUGGGUUCCACGUAGAGGAAAAACUCCUUUAGAUCCUGAUGCUGAAGGUUUUAUAUAUUCCAAUCCCAUGGAAACCUCCUUCAAGCAACGAUGUCUUGAAGAAUGGAAAAUACAUCAUCGGAAACUUUUGAAAACGUUACGGAAUGAAGGACCUGCAGUGUUAGGGAAUGUGUCUGAAUCUGACUACAUUAGAGUUGAGGAGAGAUUGAAGAAAAUCAUCAAAGGUCCAGAACAAAGCUCCUUGAAACCCAAAGCCGCUAGUAAAAUGAUUGUAUCAGAACUAAAAGAAGAACUGGAAGCUCAAGGUUUGCCGACUGAUGGUACUAGAAAUGUUCUCUAUCAGCGUGUACAGAAAGCAAGGAGAAUAAAUCGUUCUAGAGGUCGGCCCCUUUGGGUUCCACCUGUGGAGGAAGAAGAAGAAGAGGUUGAUGAAGAAUUGGAUGAAUUAAUUUCACGGAUUAAGUUGGAAGAAGGCAAUACAGAGUUCUGGAGACGUCGUUUUCUUGGGGAAGGCCUGAAUGAGAAUCAUAACAAACCAUUGGAAGUAGAAGAUUAUGAUGUUCUUGAUGCCUCAGAUGAUGCUGACGUUGGUGAUGAUGUUGUGAAAGAGGCUGAGGAUGAUGAGGUCGACGAGGAGGACGAGGAAGUGGAACAAAAUGAAAGCCAAGUAGGUGACAGGGUUAAAGAUAAGGAAGCUGAAGCCGCGAAACCUCCUCAAAUGAUUGGAGUGCAAUUGUUGAAAGACUCAGAGCACAGUUCAAGCUCAUCAAGGAAAUCAAAGAAAAAAUCUUCUCGGGUAUCAAUGGAGGAUGAUGACGACGAUGAUUGGUUCCCUGAGGAUAUUCAUGAAGCAUUUAAAGAAAUGAGGAAAAGGAAAGUGUUUGAUGUAUCAGACAUGUAUACAAUAGCUGAUGCUUGGGGUUGGACAUGGGAGAAGGAAUUCAAGAACAAAGCACCUAGAAAGUGGUCACAGGAGUGGGAAGUUGACUUGGCUAUUAAAAUAAUGACAAAGGUCAUCGAAUUGGGUGGAACACCAACGAUUGGGGACUGUGCCAUGGUACUUAGAGCUGCUAUACGAGCUCCUAUGCCGUCAGCUUUCUUACAGAUUUUGCAGACAACACAUCAGCUUGGUUAUGUUUUUGGCAGCCCGUUGUAUGAUGAGAUCAUCAGUUUGUGUCUAGAUCUUGGGGAAAUCGAUGCAGCUAUUGCCAUUGUGACGGACUUGGAAACGAGCGGAAUCAAAGUACCCGAUGAAACACUUGACAGAGUCAUUUCCGCUAGACAAGCAAAUGAAAAUCCAGUCAAUGAUGCAUUACAGUAGUUUUCUCAGACAAAUCUUCUUUCCUUUUCAUGUUUGUAUAGUGUAAUUAUUCCUUCAUCAUUCAUGGACACAACAAAUAGUACAAAGUGAUGGUUCUUGACUUGACUUA